UCAUAAUGUAUUUAACCAGUCUCACACGGGAUGAUAAAGGUAAAUGCAUAGAAGAGAAGCAGCGGACCUGAACUGUCCACAGCAGCUAACUUUACUGUCCACAGCAUAGAAGAGACAAGCUAACUAGCUUUAGCCUCCGAGCUAAGGGAGAGUUCCGACCGUCUGCAGCGUUACAAUUAGUACAAUUAGUCACUCCGCGUUACACAAACCCGCACCCACCUCGCUUUCUUCCUCCUAGGAGGGAGUUAACGUAGAAGACGGGAUUUACUAUUGGAUACACGGGCUGUCAGUCUCCGCCUGUGAGCAAAUCGCACAUGGAACAAAUUCCCAACGAACCAAUCAGAGGCGGGUCCAGAGAGACGCUGCAUCCGGAUCAAAUUGAGUACUUACAGCAUCCUCCGCUGCAAGGCAUCGCUUUGCAGAUAAACAGCAUUACAAAUGGGCCGCAGAAAGUCAAAGAGAAAGCCACCCCCCAAGAAAAAGAUGACAGGUAACCUGGACACCCAGUUCACCUGCCCGUUCUGUAACCAUGAGAAAUCCUGCGAUGUCAAAAUGGAGCGAACCCGCAAUACAGGAAUUAUAUCAUGCAGCGUUUGCUUGGAGGAGUUCCAGACUCCUAUAACCUAUCUGUCGGAGCCAGUGGACGUUUACAGUGAUUGGAUCGACGCCUGUGAAGCAGCCAAUCAGUAGUGAUGUUUUCCUGUGGCUCACCUUCUCUCUGCCCUCACAUUUGACCCCUUUGAUUGGUCCGCUGAAUUAGGUCCUGUUCAGCUAGCACAAUGUAGCAAAAUCUUCCCAAACAUUAGCAGCAUUAUGUUUUUACUUGACGUGUGUGAUGUGUUUCACUUUGCCUCAGUGUGGCUUGCUGAGCACGACACGUUCCUCUGGCUGGGCCAGGGGUUGCCAUGUUGUUUUGUCUACAUCACAGUUCUCACUGAAAUGUUUUCAUGUCAGUGAUUAGCGAGUAAGAAGCUUUUUUUUUAUGUUUUCCCUUUUUUUGAACUAAUUUUUCAUAUAAUCAAGUAUAAAAUGUAAUCUGAUAUUCGCACUAGUGUCAACCAUUCCAUGUCCUUUAUCAGUAUUCUUUGUGAUUUAUGGGUGAAGAAAAUAGAAAUCUCUUUCCUUUAUGCUAUUGUAGAGUCGUAUUUAGUAGAUUAUGACACGAACAUGCAUUACUUUUGUGGAAGUAGGUUUUUUUUAGUUUUCAACCCCGUCUCUACUGCACUGAAACAUUUUGUUGGUUGAGUUUGUUUGAACUGCCAAGUCUUUACGAAUCUUUUGCUUUUUUGGGGCCAGUAUAUAUUUGUACUGUUAGAUUUUAUUAUUUUCCUGUUUUUAAAUCACAUCAAUCAUGCAAUUUCUAUUACACUACCAUGUAUUUCACAUGUGAGUAUUUUUAGGCAAUGACAAGUAAUGAGAGUUAAAUAUGAACCAUAUUUUUCAAGUGUUUUUAUUGCACAAAUGUCAUGUUUAGUGAAAGGCAUAUAGAAAAAAAAUCAAGAGGUUAGCAAAGAUGUAAAGUUUGAACAAUGUUGAAACAAAGCCAACACAUUGAGGUGGAAUGUUACUAUACAUUUACUCAACAGUGUUGCUUUUCUGGAUAUCACAAGAAAUGAUAAUAAACAAAUGCACUGUUAAACAACUACAUUCUCAUGUUUGAUUGAAUAAAAUUCAUGUUU